GGCCGUCGCGCGGUGUACACGAGUCAUGACGCACCUCCUGCGCUUCGACAUGAGCUUCCUCUCGCCUGAACGCUGACGAUUACUCAAACAUAAGGGCGAGAGCCCGGCGCCGGAGCGGCGGAACGGUGAGCGUGAGUGCGAGGAGAUGCCAGCGCCGCCCGACACGCCGACCGCGCCCGCGCCCGCCCCCGCUCCCGCCUCCGCACCCGCCUCCGCUUCCGCCUCCGCCAACACUCUCGCCCCGCAGCAACCUGUGCAGAACAGCCACAAGGCGCGCUCGCUGGUGGUGUCACUGACGCCGGCGCGGGAGCGCGAGACGUGGGCGAAGAAGGCGGAGUUCCUGCUGGCGGUGGUGGGCUUCGCCGUCGAUCUCGGCAACGUCUGGCGCUUUCCCUACAUCUGCUACCAGAAUGGCGGCGGUGCGUUCCUGAUCCCGUACUGCGUGAUGCUGCUGUUCGGAGGUCUGCCGCUGUUCUUCAUGGAGCUGGCGCUGGGGCAGUACCACCGCUGCGGCUGCCUCACACUCUGGAAAAGGAUCUGUCCCGCUUUGAAGGGGGUGGGCUACGCCAUCUGCAUGAUCGACAUCUACAUGGGGAUGUACUACAACACCAUCAUCGGCUGGGCGGUGUACUACCUGCUGGCGUCGCUGGCGUCCAUCAACUCGGUGCUGCCGUGGACCAGCUGCGACAACGAGUGGAACACGCCGCUCUGCUCCCCUGUCACUUCUCCGCAGAUCAACCCCAACGCUACCACGCCGGCUAAAGAGUUUUUUGAGAGAAACGUACUGGAGCAGCAAAAAUCUAACGGCCUAGACAACAUGGGACCCAUCAAGCCUUCUCUAGCGCUCUGCGUGUUCGGUGUGUUCGUCCUGGUUUACUUCUCUCUGUGGAAGGGCGUACGGAGCGCUGGUAAGGUGGUAUGGGUGACAGCGUUAGCACCUUACGUGGUUCUGCUGAUCCUGCUGGCGAGGGGCGUGACGCUGCCCGGCGCUACGGAAGGCAUCCGGUACUAUCUCACACCGGAGUGGCACAAGUUACAGAACUCUAAGGUUUGGAUCGACGCAGCAUCGCAGAUCUUCUUCUCCCUGGGCCCCGGCUUCGGCACGCUGCUGGCUCUCUCCAGCUACAACAAGUUCACCAACAACUGCUACCGAGACGCGCUCAUCACCUCUUCCAUCAACUGCCUCACCAGCUUCCUCGCGGGAUUUGUUAUCUUCUCGGUUUUGGGGUAUAUGGCACACGUUCAGAACAAAAGUAUCGAGGAGGUGGGGCUGGAGGGGCCCGGGCUAGUGUUCAUCGUGUACCCGGAGGCCAUCGCCACCAUGACCGGCUCCGUCUUCUGGGCCAUCAUCUUCUUCCUCAUGCUCAUCACUCUGGGACUUGACAGUACUUUCGGAGGACUGGAAGCAGUGACGACGGCUUUGUGCGACGAGUACCCGCGCGUGCUGGGCCGGCACCGGGAGAUAUUCGUCGGCUUCCUGUUACUCUUCAUCUACAUCUGUGCUCUUCCAACUACCACCUUUGGUGGGGUGUACCUAGUGGAUCUCCUCAACGUGUACGGUCCAGGGCUGGCGAUCCUGUUCGUGGUGUUUGCGGAGGCGGCGGGCGUGUGCUGGGUGUACGGAGUCAACCGGUUCUCAGAGGACGUGCGGACCAUGCUGGGACACACGCCGGGCUGGUUCUGGAGAGCUUGCUGGUCUUACAUUAGCCCAGUGUUCCUGCUGGUGCUGUUCAUCGUGUCGGUGUUGGCGCACGAGGAGAUGCUGGGCGCCAACGAUUACGUGUACCCGCGCUGGUCCAUCCACGUGGGCUGGCUCAUGACAGGCACCACGGUGUCCUGCAUACCGCUCUACAUGUUCUACAAGUUCCUCAUCACACCCGGCAGUUUUGUUACCCGCGUGAAGACAAUGAUCAGACCGGUGGAGACAUCGAUACCGCCAAACGAGCACGCUCUCUGCAGUCUGUGACCUGACCACAACCAUAUUACCAAUACCUACAAAUCGUUUUCCUAUACGUUGGACUCUAAGCCUCCUACUGUAGAAUGGCUUGUGUAAACGUACAUAAAUAAUGUAUUAUGGAUAUGUUCAUAAUUAUAGCAAUAAUAAUUUAACUUAUAUUUAUGUCUAAUUCCAAUUUUAACACAGAAUUUUAGUUCAUACUUACGUUGUAGAUCCAGAAUUAUGGUUUACUUAUAUUGGUUUCUAAACAUAACUAGUGUACUUACAUUAUUAAUAAUGCAAAAUUAGUAUUAAAUGAGUAGUUUCAAAAAAUAUUUAAUAAUAUGAAUCAUAUAUACCUCUACAUAAAAUAUUAUUAUGUAUAUAUAAGUAUACUAUAUUAUUAUGUAUAUAUAAGUAUAUUGUAGACUUUCUUGUUAUUCUUAUAUGUAAAUGUACGUGUUAGAAAACAAACAUUACUUAUGUAUGAAGUUGACAUUAAAUAUCUCUACACAAUAUAUGUACCUCUAAUGUGCUCAUGGGACUAUAGAUAUAAUAUUUAUUCUAAUUUCUAGAUUAUAUGCAUGUGUUGAAUCGCACAAUGUCUGUAUCCCAAUAUUUUUGUAGUAUUCUAAUUAUAAGAACAUGUUCAGAAUUAGGUAUAUACCAUAUUACAAAUUGGAAGUAUGGCGCGGGUCUCAAAAUGGUAAACUUUUUCUAGUCAUAGGAAGUACUUAAUUGAAUCAUAUUAAUAGAUAGAAAUGUCUAUUACAUUACCAAAUAUCGCGUAACAGCAUUAAAAUUAUAUUUCAUUAUUUUAUUAUAUUACUAUAGGUACAUAACUAUCUAACCUUUUUUUUCAAUUGCUUAUUUUGUUUUUAGCUAGUAUAUUGUUAGUCUGCUUUGAAUUAAAAAUUUUGUAUUCGGCACUUGAGUUUUUUUAAUAGAACAGUAAUUAAUUAAUGUAUAGGUAAUAUAUGAAUUUUCAAACAUAUGAGGUCUAUAUCACUAAAAUAUCUCUAACCCAUAAGUAAUAUCUAUCAUAGAUAUUUUUUUAGUAGAAAAAUCAAAACUUUUGAUGCGUAGGUGAAAAACUUUAAUAUUCCAUUUCUAGUGAUAAACAACGAAGAGGUAGUUUGUAAAUACACUUAAUUGGUGACUUGUAAAUAUAUAUAAAACACUAAAUGCUGAUCAGACUAUAAUAUGAAAAAUGCUUAUUUUAUGCAGGAAUUUAUUUAAUUGUGUAUUUGGAAAUAACGUAUUUAAAUAUUUCAUGCAUUUUUGCCAUGAAUGUACAAUGGCAUAGGUAAUUAUUACGAGCACGACUCAUUCAUUCUCGUAAUUAAUUUAACAUGUGAAUGUAUAACAAUUACGUGGUUUUUGCAGAAUAUGUAUCGUAUAUAUACUUAUAUAUAUAAUAUAUCUUCCAUAGUUUGUAGUAGAUGCUUCGUUUCUAGUGUCGUUAUAUUGCAAUAGUUAUUUAAUAUUAUUAUAGAUACAUACUCUUAUUGUAAACAUUUCUAUAUUCCAGGGCAAUGAAUGUAGAAAUGUUUAAACAUAAUAACCAUGUUUUAUUGUAAAAAAUACAUAUCCUUAAUACUAUAUCGUAGUAUCAUGUUUAGAGAUUUGUCGUAGAUUGUAGUAUUAACAAUAAAUCAAAUUGCAGCUUAUAAAAUAAAUAGUUUAAACCAAAUAUAUAAUACAUAUUAUACUUAUAAAUCGGUGUUCGUAGUUGUGUAUUAAAUGUUUUUAUAUAAAAUGAUUAUAUAAAAGUUCAUAUACCCACAAAGUAUUGAUAUUAUUAAGCAAUAUUUUUUUGAGUGAUAUUUUGAUGUUUUAUUUUUAUAUUGUUUAUUAGCAGUUGUAAAUGUUAACUGUUGUCAUGUUACUCUCUAGAUGUAGAUUGUCGUGUGUUAUAUAUUUACGUAGGUUGCAUAUACCCAUUACAAAUAAUAUAUAAUAAAGUGCAAAUGAGUAGAUGUGUCCUGUG